AUGUCCACAGAGAUUAUCAACAAUGAUAUGUCCACUACAUCUUCGACCUCAUCGAUUGAGGCUAGAUACCCAAUUAAUCCAAAGUAUGGACUGCCUUUGAGAAACCAUCAUCUUCCAAGACCACAGAAGAAGUACUUUGACUCGGCUGAUUGGGUACUCAAUGGUACUGCCGUAGAUGGCACCUCUGAGAAGUUGGUUAACCCUGCCUUCAAUCUUCCAGUGUCCAAGGUUCACUAA